AUGCAACACUUUAAUAAAAGAAAUAAAAUAAGUUGUAAAGCAGAACAGAAUCUGCAACCAACUGUUCAACACGACAAAGGUCUAGAUACUUCUAGAAAGUGCCCGUGGUAUGCCGAACAGAAAAUUCAUGAAAUCUACAGCUCUGAAGUGAUUGCCGAAAAUUAUGGAAAAUGGCAUUAUUGUUUAAUUGAUGUCAGAGUAAAGAAUGGUGAGACUACUUCGUUAGAUAAUUCGGUAAAGUACUGCCAUAAUGCUUUCAAUGGACGCCUUUUAUCUUUUACCUCAAUAAGAGAGUACAUCUUCUUGCACGGAUAUUUUUACAGCCCAAUUAAGCGCGGAAGACCUCAUGUCACAACUGGUCCAGUGGAAAAAGAGCUCUUGUAUCAUUUAGCGGAUUCUAAUAUAACUACCUUAUCAGUAGAUCCGGCUGUUGAAACGUUCUUGGUUCCUUUACCGCCAGAAACCACUUUUUUCUUUCUUCGUGAUACGCCAAAUUUUAUCAUGGUUUUUUACUUGCCAGACGUGAAACACUUGUGUCGUCCACUGUGGACCUACUUUGAUGGGAUGUGCUACAAAGCAGGCGAAGAAAAUUAUCAUCAUUAUAAUGCCAAGAAAUACUGCAGUUUCAUGGACAAAUCUCGACUGGCUAUAUUAUAUGAGGAAAAGUCUUUACACAAAUUUCUUAGUUUGGCCACUCCGGGAAAGCGCUACUGGAUCGGACUCAAAUACGAAGGGGAUCGGUACGUGUGGGAAGACGGGCGCCCAUACACGCUGAAACCAUUGCCGCCCCCUAGUAAUUCAGAACAGCUUGUUCAACUGACAUCUGAAGGUUUUCAGCUCGCUAACAAGGGAGCUAUUGCACAGCCGCUUUGCGAAUAUAAAAGCUCAGUAUCAUUAGUGGAUAAGUCGUCUAUCCAAAGAUUUGCAUGCAAAAAGUAUUUCAAACCAGUGAAGGAAUUUGAAGAUGAAACGUUUAGCGGAUUAAAGAGUCGGUCGCAGAGAGGACAACUUCACUACGGUUAG